CCUUGAUCCCGCGCUGCAACGGCAGCAUGGUGUGCGGAAGGACGACAGGAGCCUACAGCAGCAGCCCAGCGCUCCCCUCCUUCCCUCUCCCAGUUCCUUCACUGAGCCCGGCCAGUCAACAUGAAUAUCCGUGCCGCACUAUGGGUAGUGGUGCUGGCCGCCACCGUGGCUCUCGCAGUCGCCGCAGAUGACGACUACGAGUACGAGGAUGAAGUUGCUCCCGCCCCCGCUCCUGUAAAACCCCUCAGGCCGUCGCCGUUGCUGCGGCAAGCCAGAGGGCCUGUCAUCGGCCGACCUGCUCCCAAGUCCACAGUAACACAGAAAACUACCACAACAGAAGCACCUCCUCUGGAGUAUGAAGAAGAGGAGUUAGAAGAAGAGAUCGCAGAUGAGGAGGAGAUAGCAACUACUACUACGGAGGCGCCGAAAAGAGGAUUUAAAAACGGUGUCGUGCGACCAUUCCGCAGUAAUGCUGAUUUGAUAGAAACGCUGAAGCGACGGCGCCAGCAACACCAGGGUGGCAGCUCGGCAUUCAGCACCACCAGCACCUCAGCGCCACCACCCACUUCCGAAAAGAGCUUCAAGGGUGGACGUCGUGCCUCCAGCAACAAGAUCAGUUCAACGGCAGACCAGACCGGCAGUACUUCGGAAAGAAAGGCGACAGUGAACGGAAGGAGGUUCAGCUCCAGAGGCAGCAAGGUGACGGAGGCUCCGGUAGAGGAAGAGUCGGCAGUAGAGGAGCAGCCUUCCAGGUCCCGAUUAUUCGGGAGAGGCCGAAGGUUUUGAAUCCCUCGUACAAUCAGGUCAUCUAUCUAUGAACGCGGGAAGUAUUUAUGACAGUAAAUGUGUACAACCUCCAUCUCCUUGUUUAUUAACAUCGAAAGCAAUCGAUAACCUAGGCUACCAGAAACCAAACCCUGUUGUAAAUUCAUCCCUGUAGACAAGGAAAAUUUGUAUAGUUUUUUUAAAUAUAUAAAUGUAUUAUAAUUUAAUGUUACACUUCUUGUUUGUAAAAUAUACUGAAUUGUCAUUGUUUGUUACUAUAGCAUAUUAAAACCAAUUUUUGUAAUCUG